UAGGAGUGCUUAGCUGCUCACUUACUUCCUGUUAUAGGCUUUGCACCAGCCUUGCCAUGCUAUUAAUGGGGAGAUGCCAUUUUUGGUCUAAACCUCAUAUUUUCUGUGAUUUAUGACUAUCUUUGCAAAGUAUCAUAUACACUGAAACUUUCACGCUUCUCUCUCCAAAAGUUAGUUACUAUUUUUAAAAGUUAAGGAGUAAAUCUCUGACUGUUAUCAAACUUGCUAAAAGAAGAAACUUUCCACAUCAAUAUAAAGCCAAUGAAAUUUCUGAAAGCUCAAAAUCAAGUUUGUUCUAAAUUUCAGACUUGGCAAAAACAUAGGUUUUCCUGAGGCCCAUCAAUGUUUGUUUAGUCUGGAAAUCUUUGGCACAGAAAUAAAAAUUCCUUGCAGUAAGUGUGACGACAGUACUUAUCCUGCUUGUACAUUUCUUGCCUAUUUUUCACUACUAUUCCUGUGUUUGCUGCCUGCAGGAUAAAGUAUUAUAAUUCAUUUCUAACUUGGUUUCUCUUGAAAACUCAUCUACCAGCUGUAGCACCAUGGGACCACUUCUUCCUUAUAUAGGAUAAUAGAACCCACCGCUCUGUAAUCUGCAGUUAAGGAAAGUAUUUGGACAAAAGCUUUAUUAAUGGUUAGUAUUGCUGGUGGCACUCAUCUCUUUCUGUUCCUACUGCUAACCACUUAGAAGUGAGAAGCUGUCAUUGAAGACACCUCCACUUCAAUAAGAAGCAAAGAAAGUGCUGUUGUGCACCUAAGCAGGUGAUCGGAUGUAGGCUAGUGUAUAUACUUUCAAAUACAGGAUCAAAUCUUUUUUAAAUCAAGAGAUAGGAUGUGGUGUGUACACUUGAUCUUCCUAUCUGCUUUCUUCUUGGUUUCCAUGACAUCAGAAUCAUUUGAUGCAAUGGAAGGUGAUGCUUUAGUUAUAAAAUGCCCCCCACCGAGUUCAUAUGUUAGAGUCACCUGGUAUCACACAGAGACUAAGAAAAUAAUUCCUGCAGAAGAAGAAGGAUCACGAACAUUUUCCUUAAAAAGAUUACUUUGGUUUCUGCCUACUUCUAGAGAAGAUUCUGGAAACUAUACUUGUGUUGUACAUUAUUCAAAUAAUAUCACAAAAGAGUUCAACGUAAGUGUGCAGGUGCAUCCGUACAAGCAAGGAAUAUGUUUCCCAAGUCAGAUACGUUAUCCAAAUGACACCGGAAGAGGAAAAAUCAUUUGUCCUACAUUUGACAAUUAUAAGAAUGCUACUAUCGUCCAGUGGUACAAGGAUUGCAAACCUCUACAAGGAGAGAGAUACUUCAAGAGAGAUAAAUAUAUUUUUAUUAACAAUCCAGGAAAAGAGGAUGAUGGAUAUUAUACUUGUCAAUUUAUCUACACACACAACGGAAAUGCGUUUAAUGUAUCAGCAACAAGAAUUUUCGUAAGUAAUGCAAAAUACUCACUACUGCCUCCUCAAAUUUUAUUUCCAAAACAAAAUGAUGUAACAGAAGUGGAUCUUGGUGCUGCUUUGUCUCUGAAAUGUCAGGCCCGUCUGGGGAUUAAGAAACAGCCUAUAGCUGUUGUCACAUGGGAUGUGAAUAACAGCCCAGUAAAAAAGUUAGAUUUUUCAAGAUUUCAUGAAGAAACUCUUUCUUUUGAAGGACAUGAUCAUGAAUAUUAUAGAGAGACCACUUUACAUAUUACUGAAAUAAAAAAGGAAGAUCUUCAGGCAAAUUUCACAUGUGUAGCAGUGAAUGAAAUGGGAAACACAAAGGCCAAGGUGACACUACAACUGAAGGCACAAUUGGAUCAUCCCCGUGUCCUCAUGAUCAUAGGAUUUCUAGUUCUGUUAAUAAUAAUAGCAGUCUCUGUUGUACUUUAUCAGUCUUUCCGAGUUGAUAUUGUCCUAUUGUAUCGGGAGAUAUUUCAACCCUACUCAGUCAAGGAUGAUGGGAAGAUAUAUGAUGCAUAUGUUAUCUACCCAAAAAGCCACACCAGUGAAGCUAAUUUUGUGGGAUAUUUUGUUUACCAUAUUCUGCCAGAUGUUCUAGAAAAUGAAUGUGGAUAUAAAUUAUGCAUUUAUGGGAGAGAUAUAUGUCCUGGCGAAGAUACAGCCAGUGCAAUCGAGAAGAGGAUACAGAAGAGCAGACGGCUGAUCAUCAUUCUAACACACCAGUCGAUUAAUUGUGAAGAUCUUGCUUAUGAUCAGCAUAUUGCUUUAUACAAUGCCCUCAUUCAAAAUGAUACGAAGGUGAUCCUUCUGGAAAUGGAGAUAAUUGGGACUUAUGAGAAGCUUCAAGAAUCUCUUAGGUAUAUUAUCAAGCAGCAAGGUACCAUCAAAUGGAAAGAGCCACCCACAGGACACCAACAGUCAUCCAAUUCUAAGUUCUGGAAACAUGUGAGGUACCACAUGCCACUGACACACAAGACUUCAUACUCAGCUAAUGCUGGGUGAACAGUGAGUCUAAGAAAAUACUGAUAUAUUAGCAGCCUGAACCAUGCACCUGUAUUUCCUUUUCCUUCUAGUAGGCACAGGAUUUUGCAGUAUGGAAAUUUGGUUGUGUUUUUUCACUUUUUUUUUCAAUCCUUCAAUUGAGUAAAGAUAAGGCAAACUGAAAAAGCAGGUCUGGGGAACUGAACAGAGUUUGUAGAGGUAUCAGAAUUCUGUAAAUAGCUCAUUUAGACUGAGUGCAGCAUUUAUGUCCUGAAUUGACAUGGGAAACACAAUGUACACAUAUUCUUUCUAUACAUACAUACACAUACAACUGAAAGUUUUGAUUCUGAAUAGCUGAACAUUCUGCAGAUUUGCAUUAUGUUUCAAAUGCAUUUGAUUCAAUAAAUGUCUUCUAUAUUAUUCUACUAGAAA